AUGUCCCUCCAGCUGAUCCUGAUGAUCAUGUCUAUGCAGGCAAUGGCAAGCACAGCAGUAGCCACCUCGUCCAAGUACCAGACCGAAUGCACAAUGUGCUCCUCAUGUGAGAAUCCUUGCAACCAAGUUCCCUCACCCCCACCGCCCUCCCCGCCUCCACCAUCCCCCACCACUUCCAACUGCCCACCUCCGCCAUCCCCACCCAGCUCUGGCGGCUCCUACAACUACUACUCUCCACCCCCACCCGUCAUUGGUGGCACUUUCUAUCCCCCGCCAAAUAGUUAUAACAAGAACUACCCGGCGCCGCCGCCACCUAAUCCAAUUGUUCCCUACUUUCCAUUCUACUACUACAGCCCUCCUCCUCCAUCUAUUGGCAAGUCUAUCAAGUUGACGGGUUCUUUGGUUUAUACGAUCAUUACUGUUGGGGUUUCUUUUUUCAUUUCGUUGUUUUGA